AUGUGAAGAAUGCCCAAAUAAGGAUGAAAGAGGUCUCCAUGUUGCCACAGUGACGCAGUUGAUGAGAGACGAGGAUGAGUUGCCCAGAGACGACACCUGUUGCGGCGGCCUCUGUCAGAAGAGAUGUUGUCUAGACUACGGCAAGAAGAGGUUCCCGGCAGUCACGUGGGCUCCCCACUACACUCUAGAGAAGGGGAAUGCUGACCUGAUAGCGGGAACCACAGUGGGACUGAUGGUGGUCCCACAGAGUCUGGCGUACGCCAUCACUGCAGACCUCCCCGCAGUGUAUGGGUUAUACUCCGCGUAUAUAGGCGCCUGGAUAUAUGUACUGUUCGGAACCAGUAAGGAUGUGACUGUGGGCCCUACCUCCAUCAUGUCCUCUCUUGUAGCUAGCACUGCUAACGGGGACAUUGCCUACGCUAUCUGUCUCUCUCUGGUAGCAGGUAUCUACAUGCUGAUAAUGGGGUUACUUGAGUUCGGCUGGGUGAUGUGGUUGAUAUCUUACCCAACCCUAGCUGGGUUCACUUCUGCAGCAGCUAUUAAGAUAGCGGCAGGAGAGAUAGGGGACCUGGUGGGCAUUAAGGACUGGGACAGUGACUUUGUGGACGUUUGUGAGGACAUUGUCACUAAGUACGAUCAGAUAAGAUGGACAGAUGCUCUGUUAGGAUUCGCUUGUCUCGCUAUUUUGUUCCUGUUGUGGUUGUUACAGAAGAUCUCAGCUAUAAGGUACGGGAUGGAACUGGUAGAGAAAGGUAAAACUCCCUUGUUCUACUUCUGGAGAUCGCUCUGGUAUGUGGGACUCAUGAGGAAUAUCAUAGUUGUUCUGGGUGCUGCACUGCUGGAUUAUUGUCUGUAUGUUGACGAUGACACUCCCUUUAUUGUUAUAGGGUAUAUAGAGCCAGGCUUACAAUCUCUAGAUAUCAGCGUGUUUCAGAAGUUCCACGACCAGUGGACCAGCUUGUUAAUAGACGGACUGGUAAUAGCUCUGAUAGGCCUCCUAGAGGGGUUAGCUGUCGCUAAAUCCUUCAGUAAGAAGAACAGGUACGAGAUCAACAACAGUCAGGAGAUGGUGGCUCUGGGGCUGUGUAAUAUAGCGGGCUCUUUCUUCCAGUGCUACCCUGUCACUGGCUCCUUCUCCCGCUCCUCUGUUAACAGUGAGUCUGGGGUCCGGACUCAGUUCGGAGGGUUUUGGACCGGGCUGCUUGUCAUGUUGUGCUUACUCUUCCUCACUGUUUUCUUCUCAUACAUCCCCAUGGCUGCUCUGGCAGCAGUGAUAAUAUUCGCGGUUGUGUUCAUGGUUAACUUCUGUAUCCCAGUGGAGAUGUGGAAAGUAAGGAAGCUGGGAACAGUGAGCUGGGUGAUAACGUUCUGGAGUGUUCUGCUCCUGGGUAUAGAGUAUGGUAUAAUAGUGGGGGUGGUGUUUGAUCUGAUAAUCGUGAUAGCAAAGAACCUGAGACCGGACACCCACACUCACGAUAUGGGGAGCGGGGUGAUACUGGUGGAUGUGGACAGUGGCUGGAACUACCUGAGUGUUAACUAUGUGAAGGAGAGGGUGGAGGAGGCUUUGUUCUGGGAGAGGAAGAACUUCCUCUUCUCACAGUCUGUAACCGUUAAUGCUAUAAUCCUGGACAUGAGCAAGUUCAGUGAGUUGGACUACACGGCCAUGGAGAGUCUCAAGGGCAUUCAGGAGGAUUGUCGGAGCGAGAAGAUAUUGUUGUUCAGUGUAGGAUUGUCAGCGGAGUUAUGUGAGGAUGCUCAGAACUUUGGGGUAGUUAUACCUAACUUUGACGCGACUGAGGACGCUGUCCGUGCUGCAAAGAGGGAGAUAGGGUUAGCAAUAGCUAUCAGAGACCAUCUUCAGCAGCACGAGGCUAGAACGGAGGAUAAUAAGAGGUAUGGGACCUUUAGAGGGGAGCAGCCUAACAGCACCCAACCCGUAAUCAGGACAGCAGAGGAGGAGGAGGAGGAGGAGGGAGGAGAGGAGAGACAAGUGACACCUGACCACUCUGCUGAUGAAAAAUGAGCAUGAUUUCUCUCCGAUAGUCGGGUUUUGCUUAGAUAAUUUAAUGCUUGCUUGACUUAGUUUAGUCAAUGUAAUAAUGGUAAUUAAGCUGGUCUUAAUUAUAUUUAAAGAUGAAAAAUGUUCAUGCAAAUCGUAUUUCCGUUUUGUUGAGGAAUGACUAUAUUAUUGUAAUGAAAUGUUUAUUUG